UCCCCCCCACCACCACCACCACCAUCACCACCACACAUAUGAGAAAUCGCUCGUUGGGGGCCCUGCCUAUUGAUCUAUAAACAUCUGGAACACCUCAUAUUUGUUUUACAAGGCAGAGGCGAACAGUCUGUGCCCGAGAUAGAGGAGUGAGACAGCAGCACCACCAGCACCAGCAGCAGCAGCAGCGGCGGCGGCGGCGGCGGCAGCACCAGGACGGACCACUUGACACCUUGCUUCACGACAUCGAUAUGCAGUAGUGUGAUACCAGCUCUGCGGAGACAGGAAGGCCAGUCCAUGGCAUCUUGAUAUUAAAACCGUGGGCUCUGCGCAUUCCUCACCGACGGCGUAGUCUCUCUCCUUUUUUUUUUUUUUUUUUUUUUUUGAUCUUCUUCUUCUUUUUUUUUUUUUUUUUUUUAUCCUUUCCCGCGGAGUCGGAAAAAGGAUUAACUUGGCCAGAUAGAGGCGGCGAGGGAGGAAAACAAUCUUAACAUUAAUUCAAUUUGAGCAGAUUCUUGUUUUUUGAGGGGGGGGGAUUCGUAGGGGGGUGGGGGGGAAGAUAUCAUUGGACCUGCGAUGGACUCCAGCGCGGGGGAAUAUGGCAUGGCUCGUCUUGGAUUGUUUUUGGUUUUGAUGGGGCUGUGGAGAUUCAGCGAUGCUUGCCCCGCAUCCUGCUCUUGCAGCAUCUCAAGGAUUGUUUGUAUUGAUUCCGUGCCGGGGAUCGAGGAUUUCCCUGUCCUCACGUUAGAUGACAUGGAAAACAUCACCGAGAUAUACAUUGCAAAUCAAAACAGACUGUUUGACAUCAAUGACAACAGUCUGAGGCACUACAUAAACCUCAGAAACCUAACAGUGACGAGAACGAGACUGACGUCUAUAUCAUCGGAUGCAUUUUACAACAACACGAGACUUGAAUACGUAAAUCUCAGAGACAACAACCUGUCGACGCUGUCAUGGAGAACAUUCCAGAACUUCAACUCGUCGUUCCCGCUCCUUCUGUCCGGAAAUCCUCUGGAUUGUGUUUGUGAGAACUUGUGGAUCAAGCUGAGGCUCCUAGAAGACCCCGACAGUCCAGACCUGAAAUGCCUGGAUGACAGAGAACAGCCGAGGUCGUUCGCCACGCUCACUCCACCCGACUGCGUGGUUCCCAACGUAGAGGUCACCCCAAGAACCGUGACACGGAUGCAGGGGAGCAGUGUGGAGGCUGAGUGCAGCGCCUCGGGCUCCCCUCCUCCUGAGAUCCUGUGGAACCUCGAUAUGCUCUCUACCCACAACGAGAUUUAUUCCUCAGAUAUGAAGAGCACCCUCACCUUGUCGGACCUGUCUCCUUAUGAUAACGGCAGGCUGAUCGUAUGCAGCGCCGAGAACAUGGUCGGUCAGACGGAGGCCACGCUCCAGCUCAACAUUCUCUUUGCCCCCACCAUCCAGCAGCUGCUGGGGCCGGAGCGCGACCACCACUGGUGCAUCCCCUUCAGCGUGACAGGGAACCCCAAGCCCAGGCUGCAGUGGUACCACGAGAACAAGCUUCUCCUCGAGCAGGACUACAUCCGCACCAUGAUCCACCUGUCCACCGAGAGCGAGUACCACGGCUGCCUGCAGCUGGUCAACCCCACGCACAUCCACAACGGCAUGUACAAGCUGGUGGCGAAGAAUGAGUACGGCCGCGACGAGAAGACGGUCUACGCCCAGUUCAUCGACCCGCCUUACGACCACACAGAUGACCCCCUCUACUACUACACGACAGAACCACCGCUCCCUCCUUUGGAUGACAGCGUUGCAGUGUACGUAGUUGUUGGAAUCGCGGGAGUUGCCCUGACCGGCUGCGUUCUGAUGGUCAUCAUUCUGAAAUAUGGAAGAAACUCCAAAUUUGGUAUUAAAGGCUCCUCCUCAGUCAUCAGUAAUGACGAUGACUCUGCCAGCCCUCUUCAUCACGUCUCCAAUGGCAACAACACCCCGUCGUCCUCGGAGAUGGGUCCAGACGCAGUGAUCAUUGGGAUGACAAAGAUUCCUGUCAUUGAGAACCCACAGUACUUCCGUAACUCCAGCAGCAUGCUGAAAGCUGACACGUUCGUCCAGCACAUCAAGAGACACAACAUCGUCCUGAAGCGGGAGCUGGGAGAGGGAGCCUUCGGGAAGGUGUUUCUUGCUGAGUGCUACAACCUGACACCGGACCAGGAGAAGCUCCACGUGGCAGUCAAGACUCUGAAAGAGGCCAACGAGAGCGGCCGGGCGGACUUCUACAGAGAGGCCGAGCUUCUCACCAACCUGCAGCACGAGCACAUCGUCACCUUCUACGGAGUGUGCGUGGAGAGCGACCCCCUCAUCAUGGUGUUUGAGUACAUGAAACACGGUGACCUAAACAAGUUCCUCAGGUCCCACGGCCCUGAUGCAGUGCUGAUGGCAGACGGUCAACACAGUAUCCUGGUGGAGCUCACCCAAUCCCAGAUGCUGCACAUUGCCCAGCAGAUUGCCGCUGGCAUGGUCUACCUGGCCUCCCAGCACUUCGUCCACAGAGACCUGGCAACCAGGAACUGCCUGGUAGGAGAAAACCUGCUGGUCAAGAUAGGAGACUUUGGCAUGUCAAGAGACGUUUACAGCACAGACUACUACAGAGUGGGCGGUCACACGAUGCUGCCGAUCCGCUGGAUGCCCCCGGAGAGCAUCAUGUACCGGCGGUUCACCACAGAGAGUGACGUGUGGAGCCUCGGCGUGGUGCUGUGGGAGAUCUUCACGUACGGCAAGCAGCCCUGGUACCAGCUCUCCAACAACGAGGUGAUUGAGUGCAUCACGCAGGGCCGCGUGCUGCAGCGGCCCCGCACCUGUCCUAAAGAGGUGUACGACCUGAUGCUGGGCUGCUGGCAGAGGGAGCCCUACAUGAGGCUGAACAUCAAGGAGAUCCAUGGCAUGCUCCAGAGCCUCGCCAAGGCCUCGCCCGUGUACCUGGACAUACUGGGCUGACGCGGCCGGUCCUCUUGUAUGUACUUUGACGAGCGUGUGUGCGUGUGAGCGUGUGGGUAUGUGGAGAGUGUGUGUUUGUGUGUGUGUGUGUGUGUGUGUGUGUGUGUGUGUGUGUGUGUGUGUGUGUGUGUGUGUCUGUCUGCACAUGGCGAGAUGGAGGGAAGAGGAGGGGGGAAACGAAGGGCCGUGCGACUUGCGUGAGCGCCCGUGUCGGUGUACAGUACCUGGCUGUAAAUGUCACUGUAAAUGCUAUCGUCCGCGUCCUCAUCCCAUCGAGAAAAAGCCUUAAAUUUUGAGUGAUUUUUCCUUUUAAUGCCUUUUUUUUUUUUUUUUGCAUUUCUUUGUUUCGUUCCCUAUCCAUCUCGCAGACGUUAAAACCGAGGCAUGUUUCACAAACGAAAACCAAAAUGCAUCCAGGAAUUAUGUGACUUUAACCAAACCAUUGACACUCCUGUAUGUUAAAGGCGUAAAAAAAAAAGAAAAAAAAGAAAAGAAAUGAUAAAGAAAUGAAAACCAGAUCAUCAGAAACGUUGAUUACUGGGUUUUUUCUGUCGUCACCGCGUUGAAUAAUCACUCACCGCUGAGGAACGAACAAAGGGAAAAUAACGUGUCUCUCCAUAAUGGACAGUGUGUGGACACAACUUUGUAGAUAGAGCUUUGUCUUCUUUGUCACACAGAGCAACACAUCCUGCAGGAGGAGUCAAAUCACUCUCCUGAAGCUUUUUUUUUUUCUUUUACACGUCACACGUUAAUAUUUGUGUUUCUAAAUCUCCUUUCUGUUUUCACACCAAGCGGCUGAUUUGUUUGGUUUUUUUGAGUCGUCUAUACGGAAAAAAACUUUAAACCUACAUGUAUGAUAUCAUCGAUCCGGUCUCGACAAUCUGCAUUAUAGAUAAAAGGACUUUAACGCUUUCAGAUGAAGUGCAGCGCGUACGUCAAAGUUACAUUUCUUUGCAGAUGAUACACCAUUCUCCUCUGUUAACGCCUUUGGAAAUCGGAGGUGCAGUGAGGUCGUCAGCAGCGCACCCGUGCCGCUGUUGCGCUGGAGUGUCAUGUUGUUGGGGUUUUUUUUUUCAUUUUUUGUGACGCUGACAAUCAACCUAUUCAGUGGUUUAGGUAUGAGGACGUGUCGGGGGGGCUUUCGCUUAACAUUUCAUAACCGUGAUAUUUGGAUGCGUCUGUUUUUCCCCCCCAAAACUUAAUUGAAGUGAUUGGUGUAUCAUCUGCACGCUGAAUUGGACUUUGGUGCUUUGGUUUGAGAGACUAAAGUCGUGUUGUUUGUACUCAAAUUGGAGUAUUAUACACAUAUGUUUAAAAAAAAAAAAAAAUCAGUAUGAAACCCAGAUAGAUUCUUGUUAAUGCCUGUGUCUGUCAUAUAUAACCUACUCUAGUCCACUGAAGGACUCCCCGAUGUAAAAUCAGUGUUGAGGUUGUACAAACUCAAGGGCAAACAGCUUUUGUUGAGGUUUUUUAAUUAUUAUUUUCAUGUCCUCAUUUGUCAUUUCUUAUGUAAAUAUCCGUUACAAAAGGUCAUUUUUAUGAACAGAGUGGUGUUUUUAAAUGUCGUUGGAGUGCUCUCCUCAUCUCAUAGCCUUUUUCAUUUGAUGUAUCUAAAGCACAGAGAAGGAGGACUCGGCAGUGUUGAGCUGUGCCUAUCCCUCCCCUUAAAAAAAAAAAAAAAAAAAAAAAAAAAGAAGUGAGCACAGUUUCUUGUUUUGUUUUUGUUUUGUUUUUUUGGUUUUGUUUCAUUCACCAGCAAUGCCAUUUAGCAAAUCGUUGUUGUUCGGUGGCCCAUAUCUGUUAAGUGAUGUGGUUUUGUAUGCAUCUCCAGAAGCAGGUUUUUCAAAAUGUCGUGAUGAGAUUGUGUUUAUGGUUUGACGAGAGGAGCUGAACCUCGGGGGUCUUCUCUCUCUCUCUCUCUCUCUCUCUCUCUCUCUCUCUCUCUCUCUCUCUCUCUCUCGGGGGUCGGCGGUUCAUUUCGAUGCAGUUUACUGUGCACUAAUGUAGGUUGAAUACCUCGAGGACUUUCUUUGUUUUAGAGCACUUUGGUUUUUUUACGCAUUGAAGUUGCUACUUGUUUACUUGUCAUUUGCUGACAUUAUGAGAGCGUACUUUAAAGAUCUGAUCUUUAACGCAACAUAAUAGGCUAAGAGACGGCAAUAAAAAGGGUUAAUUAAGAGUCUGAUUGGCCUUAAAGUGUCCCCGGGGUGCUUUCAGCCCUCUGAGCUGACCCACAGCUCCUCACUUUGGGCAUCGCUGAAGCACAUUUGUACAGGCUGAAGGCCUUUAAGGGGAAUUUGGUUAUAUUUUUAACCUGAGCCCUAUAUUUGAAUGUAUUGGGGUGUAAAUGCUACCAAAGGUUUUGGAAUCGCUUCAGCAGUACCUCAGCUGACAACACGGAUCCAGCGGCUGCACUGGAAUCCCUUCGACCGUCAAAGUGACAUCAGCUAAAAGCGUUGCUGUUCUACGUGUCUGACAAUAUUACAGAAACGAUUCCGACAGACGUAGACCUUUAAUGUCCUUUUGUAACAAGAAACAUGAGUCCCACUCUGAAAUCUCACGAGAGGUGAGUUGCUGCAGGAAGAAGAUGGUGGAAACAGGAGUCAGGGUUGGAGAGAGGAGACUAGUUGGGGUUCAGAAGUCAUGGCUGAAUAUUGAACUGAUUUUUGACAAUCACCUCACAAGAUUUCUGAGCGUGACCUCUCCUUGAACGAGACUGUGUUCCUGGUUAACAAAAAGGACCUUUGUAAGGCGACCAGUGAGGCGGUUAGCCAACUGGCUAGCUAGCUGCCCUCGCAGGCACAUCGUGAAACUUCUCAUUCUGUAAAAAUGUUAGAGCGUAUUUUCCAUUUUUUUCAUAAAACAGCCCACUUUUGAAAUCUACAGUUUCUCACUCGCGUAAAAUAUUUUCAAAGAUAAAGUUAGUGAUGAAAUAUAAAACUGUAAUUAAAAAAACUCCAGUGUGGCACUUAGAAGAGAAGAGAACUGAUAGCUCGCUGUAUACGCCCAAAAUGUUGCUAACGUUUUAUACAUCCGGAAAUUUCUCUCACACAUAGAAUUCACAUACAGUGCAGCUGAAAACACUCCUCAAACUCAAUCUCACAUCACCGUUACUAUGAAUAGCGAUUUGAAACACACUCUUGUUCUUUGACAAAAGGUCUAAUACUGUAGGAACUGUUUCCGUCACAUUGUCAGACACUUAGAAUAACAACCUCAGCCUGUCAGCGGCAGAGACAAGCACUGUUAGUGAGUUUGACAGUCGCAGUUGCACCAAAGGAUUACAUUGCGGCGUUUGCAGCCGUGUCACAGCUGCAUUACUCCAAAACUUUUGAUAAGUAUAAAUCAUUAACACACCAAAACAUGUAAACACAGAACCUUGGUUUAAAAAAUAACUGGAAUACCCCUUUAAUGCAUCCUUGAGGUUUAUUUUCCAAAUUCUCCCUGGUGGUGUUGUUUCCUGAGAUAGAAAAAAAACCCCAAAAAGGCUAAAAUAUUAAAGUAAGUCUUGUGGUCCGAGCAUCUAGUACGAACUUCUGUAUUGCUCUCAAGCUUCAUAAUGAGUGUCAUGUAUUUCCAUAUGGAGGCAUAAAGCAAGCGCGCCUCUUUGCUGAGACAAUAAGUUAAGUGCACUUUGUAGCGUAACUUAACCCCGUCCCCCCCCCUAAAUGCACAACCUGAGCGGCUGGGCUCAGCACUCUCCGCCUUGACCUCAGCUGCACUUGAUAACAAAACAAAAAGAACACAUCGCCCGUGCUACGCCGGCCAUGAACGGAGCAAACUCUGACACACUGUCCUGGAUUUAAAAAAAGAAAAAAAAAAGAAAGAAAAAAGUCCUUCUAUGUUUUUAUUACAGCGUUUGUCAGUUCUGUAUGAUAGUCACGAGUCUGCCUGUACAUAUCCCGCUGUCCAUUCUGUACAGUUCUGAUAUUUGUCUAUAAUAAUAGUAGGCUAUGUUUAAUAGUAUAAUCUGUUUUAAAGCAGGUAUCAUGUCCAAACUGUGUGACAUCUAUUGAAGACAACGUGUUAUGGGCCACUGGCAAUACAUACUAAGUGUAAAUACAAUUUUAUUUGUGCUACAUAGUAUAAUUUCUUUGUGCUCGUUCAUAAUACCAGUGAGAAUACAAUCCUUUUUUUUUCUUCUUCUUUUUUUUGGGGCAACUUUUUUGAUCUGCAGAGGACUUGAUUUGAACAACGUUGUUUUUUUGUUUUGUUUUGGGGUUUUUUUCUCUGAAGACAAAAAAAAAAAAAGAAAAAAAGAAAAAAGAU